UGCUUUGCUAAAGAUGGCGCCCGUGCAAAUCUGAGGCGAUAGCGCUUUUUAGCGCAUAGGAAAAUCGACGUGAGUAAGAUGCAAGGUUAACAAAGCCUUCACAUUCUUCAUCAAAACACAAAAAUACACCAAAAUAGAUUACUAUCAGCUCAGGCAGCGUUGUCAAUGACUUAUUUUAGCGGCUUACAUCAUGAUGUAGGCCUUAAUGAAAUAUGUCGCACUGUUAAAAGACUCGAUUUCCCAGAAGCCAUUGCUCGGUUGUUGCGCUAGAUUUGAUUGGUCAAUUUAGUUUUAUUUUUCUGUCGGAUGAAUUGUGUCAGUCAUAGGAAAAGCAUGUGUUGGUUCAAAAAUAUUUUUCUUUAAUUUAAAAAUCUGUAUUUGAACAAAUAACAGGCAUUUGUUAUUGCAAGUCACUGAUGCGUUUUACAGAAUUAAGUUAGAUAAUUAAGUUACAGGGGAGGGGUGGUGGGGUGGAGGUGGUUCUGCAGAUUCACCAUGUCUGCACGUUUAGAAGAAGACUUUAAAAAAAGUUCAAAAGUAUCAACCAGCACCAAAGAGGGCUCGUCUUGCCCCGAAUCCUCUCUUACCUGGUGUUUGACCCAGUUGUCAAAAGCAAGCUCAUUAGCAGACAGUGGACUGACAGAAGCCGGCAAUAAGCAGAUCACUGGAGGGGAAAAAGCCAGAGAUGCAGACAAGAGACUUCGAGUUGGACAGUGGAGGGCACUGGUGGCCAUUCGGACCCAGCACAUCAAAGGAGGUGGCCGCAAGAUAGCGUGGUACCAAGCGCGAGGAGGGCUGCCGCCUUUGCUGGAUCUCCUCAAACGUCCUGAAAGCUCCAGAAAGUUUCUGGACUUGGCACUUAGCAUCCUGGCCAAUUGCUGUACUGAGAAAGGGACAAGACUACAAGUAAGGAUGCUUGAUGGUAUAUCUGUUGUUGUGGAUGUUCUCAAGAGGAAUGUCUCUGUGGACACUGUGCAAAAUCGAGCCGCAAGAGCUUUGGGAAAUCUUGCCAUGGACCCCGAGGGUUCAGCUGAGGUCCAUUCUGCAGGAGGUGUUCCACUUCUUCUCCUCUGCUUAUCUCUAUCUCCACCACCAUCCUCGCCCUCUUCCCUGACUCCAACACCUGAGCUCUGCGCUCCUAAACUGGAAUGUGCUCAGUCAGCUGCGCGAGCACUUGUCUACCUUUCAGACACACCUGCAAACCGACUCCUCCUGCUUUCACAAGGAGCUCUGAUGGCUCUUGCUCCAUUUAUUGCUCCAGAGUAUCCAUUAGUUCUGCAGCGGGCUUCUCUUCGUGCCCUUCAUGAGCUAACCAGAGGUUGCAGUGCUGAGUGUGCCAGGGAGAUGUCCAGGUCUGGAGCGUUGGCUCAGCUGGGAGUUCUUGCUUCAGGAGAUGGCGCUCAGCCUUUGGAAGAUUUAGCUUUGAAGACUCUGGCUAACUUGUGCUCUCAAGGCUGCCUGAGGCCACUGAUCGGUUCACUGGGAGUCAUUCAAAAAUUUGCAGAGGAAGUCAAAAAGGAUCUUCUUAAGUCGAGUGUGUUUUUCAAGGCCUUGUGUCUGUGCUGCCGAGAGGCUGUGAACAGGGCUAAAGUAAAGGAGAGUGGGGGACUGGAGGUGCUCAUUGCAUUUUUAUCUGCCCAUCAAAACCAUCCGCUCACGCGAUUCGCCGUUUUGGCUUGCGUUGACUUUGUCUAUGAUGAAUCAGCCCUUGAACAGCUUCAGGAGCUUGGGUUGGUGCCACAGCUGAUCAAGCGGUUGGUGGAGCUUUCUAAAGAAGAUGAACUAUCUGCAGGAAAGAUAGAUCCAAGCUUGUCUUUUAAUUCUCCUUGCUCUGAACUGAUGGCCUCAUGUUUUGAGUCGCUUGACUUUUCUCCCCUUGAAGGGAACAAGAGAGAAGAUGUGAGCAAAGACCAGACGUCGGGAUCCUCCAGCUUCCUCAGCCUCAGGUCUUGGCUGGUAUCUGAAGGUCUGAUUUCCUCUGAAGGAGAGCUGACUGAAUCGCCCAGUGGAACUGAUGUUUUUUGGGGCAGCCCUCAAUCUACCCUCUCACCUUCACCCUCUACCCCUGGUUCUGAGCUCUCCGAACCGCAGACCUCACGUCAGCCACACUUGUCUCCCCCCACCCGUUCAAAACGCAUCCGCCUCUCUUCACCCUCUUUCUCCGCUCCUGUAUCUCCUCAAACCAUGAGAAACAUACCGGGGUCACCAUCCUCUCCACACUCCUCCUGUUCCUCCACCUCUCAGCCUGAGCAAACAACGGUAAAGCCUUCCAUCACCCCCUCAUCUCCCAUCCAGAUCUCCUCACCCCCCAGAAAGAGAUUUUGUGCGUCUUCAACCUCCUCCACAUCUUCACGCUGUAGCCUCGUCGCUUUGGACAACCUCCCAGUGAUGUCCAAAACACCAGUAUACCAUCACCCAUAUCACCCUGAGCCUUGGGCCCCAGAAUCCCCCCUUCUUUUGCUCCUCUCACGCUUCUCCCAUGCUUCAGACCCUAGCACAUCACUCAUCAAUACAAACGUUUUCUCUGGGCUGCUGUACUACCUCACCCAGCACCGUGACCCCAGUGGGCGAUGCUUUCGGAUGCUUGGCAGGCUCAGCUGUAACCCAAACUGUUUGCAGGCUCUGGUGAGAACAGGAGCUGUGGCUCUGAUCAGACAAAGACUGUGUGUUAGAGGAGAAGAGAUCGGAGAUGACAAAGGAACAUCCAGGCAGUCAGAAAAAAUAAAAGCCAAAAUUACACAACUAGGUUUGAGUUUGCUCUGUAAUCUAAGGGUCCAGAGCGAGUCUGGCUUUGGCUCUGGAGUUCUUACCCAUAUCAUGCUGUCAGGCUCCGAAUCAGACAGGUUGUUUUGUGUCCUCUCUCUGCCACUAAUCAUCAGCAACAGAGUUCUUCUAAAGAAACUGCUCUUGGAUAACGGAGGGCUGGCUGCAGCUCUUGAUCUAAUUGGCCGUAACAGUCAAGCUACUGAUGCCGAUGAUGCGCAAUCGGAUAAGUACAGGACUUUACUUGCUGGUUGGUUGCAUCCUCUCGAGCAAGUGUCCUCUUCCAGACUUAAUUUCUUGUACUUCUCCCUUCUGAUUGGCUGCCUCUCCAGUCUUUUGGCAAGUUCCAAGGAGGACAGUUAUAACUGUAGCAUAGAUUGUGGGACCAAAAACCAGACUGCCACAACAACCCAAGUUCUGGACAAAGAGUCUUCUUGUUCCCUACCACAACAAAACCAAUCAUGUCCCUACCAGCAGGCAACACAUGACCUAUCAUUCCUCCUUGACGAUGGAUCACUUCUUCCAGCCAACCAUAAGGCUGUUGCUGGGGGGGAAGGAGGAGCAAAAGAGGUUGGAUCCGAGUAUUUCACAGCCUUGUUGAUGGGAGGAUUUGGGGAGUCCCAGAUACCUAAAGGUGAGGCUAUUCCUAUCAAAGAUGUUAACAGUGGGAUGCUGUUACCAGUUCUUCACUACCUGCAUGGAUGUCGCUUGACCGACGGAAAUGAAGACCACAGCACAAAUAAGUCAAGGCUAGAUGCAGGUUGUCCUGUUUUGGGCUCUCUAGUUUCUGUUGGGUUGGUUAGACAAGAAGAUGAUAUGGACUCAAGCUUUCAAACAACCCCCCUGGCCAAUAUGAUGAUUGGGGCUUCUAGGUUUUUAGUACCUGGUUUACAAAUGGCAGCUGAAGACCUGUGUGUUAGCCGUCUUUGUUCAGCAGUCUCAUCUGUCCUGAGAGGUCGGACCACAUCUUGCUGUUCGGACGAUAUCGCGAUGAACAGCAGAACGGAUGAAGAUUUGUCCUGCAAAGAUCCAACGCACCCAGUACCAGAAAGAUCACCACAGUUGUCUAAAAUGAAAAUGUCGGACAUCCAGCCAACAGGAAUAAAGUCUUUGUCAAAGCGUUGUAAACAAACUAAGCAGGUUCACAACACCGUUGUUUCUUCUUUGGACAAUGACUCUGACGGGGCUUGGCUCAAGUCUCUCCUGCCUCAAGUGUACUGGUUCUCACAACGUUACUCUUACACACGACUGGGUCAAGCAUGUCUCUCCCUACUGCUGCGGCCUCACCCUGCUGCUCUUCAUCCCUCCCUGUCUGCUGCUUGCCUCAUGCGUUUAGCACAAGAGGCAGACUGUACAGAAGGCCUUAGGCGGGACAUCCUAAACCUGGUCAAAACAGCCCUCAGCUAGAAAAUGCUAACAGAAGUGGUUAGUAAGAUGAAUGUAAAAAUGCAAAUGAAAAGUUAGUAGCUGCUAUUAUGCACAUUCAUAGUACAGAAAGGGAAUCACUGGAUUUGGGGGAUGUUUUGGAACGAUAAGAAAUAGAUUUUCCCCCAUUAGUAACAUUUAUUUACAGUUUAACACAAACUCGUUCCUGGAGGGCCGGUGUCCUGGAGAGUUUAGGUCUAACCCUAAUCAAACACACCUGAAGAGGCUAGUUAAGGUCUCACUAAGUAUAUUAGAAACUUCUCGGCAGGUGGGCUGAGGCAAGUUGAAGUAAAACUCUACAUUACACCAGCCCCCCAGGACCAAGUUUGGGCACCCCUGGUUUAACAGAUAAGGUUUCAUAAUAUUCCUAGAUAUCAAAAACUAUUUGGAACUCUGUAAUAUUAUAGUACAGUAUAUUUGAUAUUUUCUUAUUCCCAAAGACAAUAUGUGUUUGUAUAUGAUGUAGAAUGACCAACUUUGAGAUCUUUUGGUUUUUUGUAUUCAUUUACUAUUAUUUCAUCUUUUUUGCCAAAAAGGCGAAAAAUUUUGAUGCUUUUUGUUAUCCUUCACCUAAAUAUAGUAGGAUAUAUGGUUUUGUACAGAAUGUUUUGGGAAUAAGUUUACAUCAGGGCAAAAGAGCUGUUUAAGUUUGAUAUUUUUGUUUUUGUAUAUAGCUCUAUACAGUUUGUUUAGAGAAAUCUAUAGAUUAACAUAUAUAUUGAAGUGCCAUUUAUUCUGUAUAUACCUGAAACUGAAUCAUAGAAAUGGCUAAAUGUUGGAAGAAAGCAGAGGAUUGUUCUCAAUAAAUGAGC